AGAGGAAGAUAAUAUACAUAUUAUUUGAAUUUCCCGGGUAACAAUGGUGUUUCGUCAGCGUCCACGCAAGGUGGCGGUAGUUAAUAUCCUACGCUUAUCGAAUAUGUGGGAGAAGGUUUAGGCGUUUACGGGAGCGAAGCCGCGAUAGUCGUUAAAGCGCAUGCUCCCAAAGGUUUAUUAUCUUCUUUCUGUUCAAGUGUCAUUUCAUUGCGUACAGUGCAGUCUAUAAAACAGAAUGCGUUCCCAGUGGAUCUCGAGUUUCCUAUCACUUAUCGUCAUUCGUAGCGUAUAAACAUAACAUAGCGCGGUCAUUAACUUAAAAAUUGUGUUUACGUAGGUACGGUGAGGCUUGAGAAGCCGAUAAUUCACCUUGAAAAUGGUCGUUUUUCGAUUGUAAAGAGAGCGUCGAUACGUUUCCUAAGUCUUUUACUCCUGUUUAUUCCUAUUCUUGUGGAAUUACAAUCGCAAAAUGUCAUGCAGUUACGCGGACGGAUUGUCGCCUUACGAAAACAAAGGGAUUCUGGGUUUAGAAGAGAGAUACGACACCGCAGAAACCCUUCGUAUAAAGUGUGGACUCUUGGCGGAAUGGAUUCAAGGCGCUCGACAUGUUGUCGUUCACACCGGAGCAGGAAUCAGUACAGCUGCAGGCAUUCCAGAUUUUCGAGGAACAAACGGAGUAUGGACAUUGGAACAAAAGGGUUUAAGGCCUUCAAUGAAUAUUUCUUUUGACGAUGCUAUACCAACAAGAACACACAUGGCAUUAAAAAAAUUAAUUGACUGCAAAAAAGUUAAAUUUGUAAUUAGCCAGAAUAUCGACGGAUUGCACCUUAAGUCUGGUAUUCAAAGACAAAAUCUUGCUGAAUUACAUGGCAAUAUGUUUACAGAACAAUGCGAUAAAUGUGGAAAACAAUUUAUCCGUAAUUUUGCGAGCAAAAGUGUUGGUAAGAAAUCUUUGGAUACGGUAUGCAGGUCUGAACAGAUAGGUGGUCGUCCAUGUCGUGGACGUAUGCACGAUACUAUUCUGGAUUGGGAACACAGUUUACCGGAUAGUGAUCUGACAUUAUCAGAUUUGCAUUCCAGCGUUGCUGAUUUGAGUAUUUGCUUGGGAACAACUUUGCAAAUUAUACCAAGUGGGAAUCUUCCAUUGUAUACUAAAAAAUAUGGAGGGAGACUUGUAAUAUGCAAUCUACAGCCUACCAAACAUGAUAAGAAAGCAGAUCUAAUAAUUAAUGGAAAUGUCGAUGAAAUAAUCAUAAGUGUUAUGAAAAAAUUGGGAUUAGAAAUUCCUGCAUAUGAUAUAAGCAUGGAUCCAACACGUAAUCCUGAUACAACAUCUAAGGAAAUGGAUUGGACUAUACCGACAAGCAGAAUAAAAGAAAUGAACGUAUUAUAUAAAAAAGUUUGCAAACCUAUGAGAAGAAAACGAAAAACAUUUAUGUAUGAGAGAGAAAAGCCUGACCCUAAGCAAGAAACAAAGACAAGGAAGUUUACAAUGAAACAAGAAAUUAAAAUGGAGGACAAUGUAGAUAGGAUCCAAGGAAUGCACAACAAACAAGACGAUGACAGUAUGCUUCUCAAUGCUGUUAAAGUUGAGAAAAAAGGUAUUGGAGAUGUUGGAUCUUGUACUUAUUCUGUAGACAAUGUAUCGCAGCUUAAUAAUGCCGACAUAAUGGCUGAAACAGUGUAGCGUGAUUUAUUAGUAGAUGAUGAUUAUUACGCGUUUUAAUAUUUGUAUUAAUCUCUGUGUACGCCAACAGUAUUUACGAGUGCUCAUAGAAUGGAUGUUCAUUGUAUGCGGAGACUGUCUUACAGAGCUUCUGAUUUAUUAUUUCUAGAAAAAGUCUUUCCACAAAAUAUAAGUUUUUAAUUUAUACUACGAGAAUCUAACAAAAAAAGAAAAAAAAAAAAGAAAAUAAAAGAAAAGAAAAAGAAACAAAAAACAAAUAUCUAAGAAAAAGAAGAUAAAGAAAAAAAUCAUUUUUUACGAACCAAUAAAACGCGCGAGUGCUUUCCAAAUUGUAAAUAAGGUCGUGAUCUUCGAAUUCAUUUUCUCUUCCAUUUUAAUGAAUUAUUAUUAUUAUUAUUAUUAUUUUGAUGAUUAUUAUUAUUAUUAUUACACUAUCUCGUCAGCUUUUUACAUCUAUAACGCGUUUAAGCAAAUAUUAUAAGUAUACAUUUUUUUCUCAUAGUGUACUAUAUUCUCUCUCUUUCUCUCUCUCUCUCUCUCUUUGUCUCUCUCUUUCUCUCUUUACUCUAUACGUGUUGUAUAUGCCAACGGCAUAAUUUACAUUUCAAAAAAGUGACAAGGUUGUGCAUAUAAGUGAGUCAAGUUUUUGCAUCUUUUCAAACAAAUCUGGAAGAUAGGGAUCUUUUAUUAUUAAAGAAAAAAAGAAAAAAGAUACGAGCGACGAGAAAAAAAGAAGAAAAAAAAAAGCUCACCAUUUUAUCGACGAUAGGUAAAAAAGGAUGGAAAUCAAAGAAAAAAAAACGAACAAAAAAUGAAAAUAAAUUAAUAAAUAAUUAAAAUAAAAUAAAAGAGAAGAUAAGAGAAAAAAAAAAAAAGAAGAAAUAAAAAGAUAAAAACUACAAAAAAUCUCACGCUUGUUGACAGCAUGUAUUAAAAAACCGUGCACUCUGCAAGUAAAGAAAAAAAAAAAAAUCUUGUAAUAUUUGUAUGUAAAUAGCGACCAUUUGCUUUCAUUUUUUCAAUCGAUAUUCAUUAUUGAUCAAAUUAUCGUCAUGUGUCGAUAAUUAAAUAAAGCUGUCAUAAAAACUAA